UCAGUGUCCAAAACGUAUGUAGUUUUACAUGAACACAAUCCUCCAACUUUACCUAUCUAUACCCUAUGUUGUAAAAGUAUAACGGACAAGAUAGAAUCUACACAGUCCAACUACCAACAGGAUAACCACAAACUGCAAUGAGGAAAUGGCAGACGGCUGUGUUGAGGUAGACAUGUAUUUGUAGUAUUUUGAGGAAAUGGCAGACGGCUGUGUUGAGGUAGACAUGUAUUUGUAGUAUCUCAAUUUUGGAUUGAUUUUGUUAUUGUUUUCAAUGAAAUUGGGUAAAACCUUCAAUUGUAUACUAGAAAGAAUUUUCAAGUUCUAGAUGUAUUAAGCGAUGUAUAGUAUUUUACUUUACUAUUGUUUCCCAUGCUUCAGUUUUUAUUUAAAGCCCUUUAUCGAGGGGAUAACUCUUUGGAAAGUCGGCUUUAUGUAUAUCCCUUCGUUGUAAUAAUUUGUAAAAUAAGUUAAGACAUUGUCAAUAGAAAUCACAUCAUAUUGUGAAAGGGAAAAAUUAUCAUUCACAGGUGAAAAAGUCAACUUCUAUAUAUGUCAUCAAGCUAAGUAGUUCAUGCUUUUGUACUGACAUGAUUUAUACAUAUUUUUCUAAAAUUUCCCAUUGAAGAAUUAAGAAAUUACCAAGAAACGAAGGUUCCAUCUCCCUCAGUCAAAGUUGGUUUUAAGGAUGUUCGCUUCUCAUGUUUUAGACUUUUUGUCAUAUAUUCAGAAUCCUCUAGUUUUAUCCAUGUUGUGCCAAUACAAAUUUUGCUCGCUAACCCCUAAUUUUCUUUUCAUAAUUUUAUUACAUAUCGUUUAAAAGUUAAAGCCAUUUCUGAAAAUGUUAUGAAAUCCUUGAAAGAAAAAAGGUCCAAAUGUUAAAUGUACGAGAGAGAAUAAUUUACCGCCAAAUUUUCAAUGCCUUAUAUCUCAAAAACAAGGACACGGACCUUGCAUUUUGUUCUCUUUUUUAGUACUAUCAGUUUAUAACAGUCUAUUUAAAAAACUUGUUAUUUUGAAAUAGAGUAGCGAACAUCCUUAAGGUCCAUUUUGAUUAUUUAGCUCCUAACGUUUCUACAUUUUCAAACAUCCCUGGCUUUCGAAUGUUCGGCUUUUAGCGUUGCUGAUGAAGGUUUAUCGAGAAAAUCUCAGAAAUGUAUACAGCGUUAUUUUCAUUUAUAUAACCAUUGCACGUUAUCCGUUUUAGAACAGGUUCUUUAAAUGAUUUUUUACAAAUUUGUCAUCAAAAUGUGAUUUAGUGAGGUCCUCUGAAGAGUGUUACAAUUUUACCUUCUGGUUUACAUAAGCGUUGAACUAAUGUCUUAUCUUUAUACAUAAUAACUUACUAUUAUAUAUAUACAUAUAUAUGAUCUUAAAGAUUGGCGUAUGGUGGAAGCGAUGAAACAAGUGCUUUACCUAACUUGUUUGAUAUAUGCAGUUGUUAUAGGAGAAAAUUCAAAAAGACUUUUACUGAAUGAUCCGGAUGUUGCAACACGAUUUGCUCAAAUGGAAAUUACGAUCCAAAAACUUACUGAACAGCUUUCUCAACUAGAAAAUAAUGCAAGUGCUGGAUCUACAUAUGUUCGCUGGGGGAGGUCAGUCUGUUCUGGAGAUAACACAGAAUUAGUGUACUCAGGUUAUGCUGCAGGACAGCUCUAUUUACACGCAUCAUACACUAGUCGACAUGGUGGUCCUUCAAAUUUACUGUGCAUGCCAGGUGAUCCUGAACUAACAAAUAUAUCCGGAAAUGGUACCAGCUUAUUAUAUGGCGCAGAAUAUCAGGAAAAUAUACUUAAACCUGAUGCUCACGACGAAGAUGUCCCAUGUGCAGUCUGCAGAAACAAAAAGACGCAAAACACAUUAAUGAUACCUGGUAGAAAGUCUUGCUAUUCUGGAUGGCAAAAGGAAUAUCAAGGUCUAGUUGUUUCCGGUCAUCGUGCAUACAGUGCUUCAUCCUACCUCUGUAUGGACAGAGACCCAGAAUAUAUUCCCGGCGGACAUGUGAAUAAUGAUGGUAGUUUACUCUUUGUAACUACGACUAAAUGUGGUUCUUUACCAUGCCCUCCUUACACCGACGACAAAGCUAUCAAUUGUGUAGUUUGUUCUAAAUAAAAUGCAUGUGGUUAUCAUUCUUAUUUAGUA